AUGCAUACGACCCUCUUGCUGGCCGGUCUCAGCCUGGCAACUCUUUCUUCUGCGGGUUGUCCCUUUGCAGAUCCCUCCAACAUCAAAGCCCGAGCCGAAGGUGGCGGCUCCCGCUCGCAUGUCGCGGCCAACGAAAUCGACGACCUUUCGGGCGACCCGUUCCUCACAUCCGACGUCGGCGGUCCCAUAGGGGACCAGGUGAGCUUGAAGGCCGGCGUCCGAGGUUCGACUCUGCUCGAGGACUUCAUCUUCCGCCAGAAGAUUACCCACUUCGACCACGAGAGAGUGCCUGAGCGAGCCGUCCAUGCCCGAGGUGCCGGUGCUUACGGCACCUUUACGAGCUACGGCGACUUCAGCAACCUCACUGCCGCUUAUUUUCUGAGUGCCGCGGGCAAGAACACAUCCACCUUUGUGCGGUUUUCUACCGUUGCUGGUUCCAGAGGAAGCUCCGAUACGGCGAGAGAUGUGCAUGGCUUCGCCACUAGAUUCUUCACCGACCAGGGAAACUUUGACAUUGUGGGAAACAACAUUCCCGUCUUUUUCAUCCAGGACGCUAUCCAGUUCCCAGACUUGGUCCACGCAGUGAAACCGCGCGGCGACAAUGAGAUCCCCCAGGCCGCCACGGCCCACGACUCUGCGUGGGACUUCUUCAGCUCUCAGACCAGCUCCCUUCACACCUUGUUCUGGGCGAUGGCCGGCUACGGCAUCCCGAGGAGCUAUCGACACAUGGACGGCUUCGGCGUGCACACCUUCCGCAUGGUAACGAACGACGGCAAAUCCAAGCUCAUCAAGUGGCACUGGAAGACGCUGCAGGGCAAGGCCAGCUUGGUCUGGGAGGAGGCUCAAAUCGUUUCUGGAAAGAACGCCGACUACCACCGCCAGGAUCUCUUUGACGCCAUUGCAUCGGGUAAUGGCCCCGAGUGGGAGCUCGCAGUUCAGGUUAUCGACGAGUCGGACGUUCUCAAGUUCGGUUUCGACCUCUUGGACCCCACCAAGAUUGUGCCCGUGGAGCUCGCGCCCCUCCAGAAGCUUGGUAAGAUGAAGCUGGAUGCCAACCCUGUCAACUACUUUGCCGAGACUGAGCAGAUCAUGUUCCAACCCGGACACAUCGUCAGGGGCAUCGAUUUCACCGAGGACCCCCUGCUGCAGGGCCGCAUUUUCUCGUACCUAGACACUCAGCUCAACCGUCACGGCGGGCCCAACUUUGAGCAGCUGCCGAUCAACCGCCCGGUCACACCCAUCCACAACAACAACCGAGACGGCGCCGCCCAGAACUUCAUCCAUCGCAACCGAAACUCCUACUUUCCAAACGCCCUGAACAAGAACGUACCUAAACAGGCGAGCCAGGCCGAAGGCAACGGUUUCUUCACGACGCCAGGGCGCGCCGUCGGCGGCACCCUGGUCCGCGACAUCUCCGGCACUUUCGCGGACCACUGGUCCCAGCCGCGUCUCUUCUACAACUCCCUGACGCCCAUCGAGCAGCAGUUCCUCGUCAAUGCCAUCCGCUUCGAGACCAGCCACAUCGAGUCGCCCGACGUCAAGAACAACGUCGUCGUUCAGCUCAACAAGAUCUCCAACGAGGUUGCAGGCCGCGUUGCUGACGCCCUGGGUAUCGUAAAGCCGGCGCCCGACCCGCAGUUCUACAACAACAACACCACCCAAGGCAUCACCAUCUUCGGCGAGAAGCUGCCCACCAUCGCCACUCUGAAGGUCGGUGUGCUAGCGAGUCUGGCGGCCGACGGCUCCGUGGUUCAGGGCAAGCAGUUGAAGGACGCCUUCGCCCCCAGCGGCGUCAUAGUGACCAUCGUCGGCGAGAGGUUGGGCAACGGCGUCGACAUGACAUACUCCCAGGCAGACGCCACCGCGUUUGACGGCAUCAUCGUCACCAAUGGCGCGCAGGGCCUGUUUGACGGAACUAUCAAGCCAUCUGCGCUGUACCCGGCAGGCCGCCCGGCGCAGAUGGUCAUCGACUCGUAUAGAUGGGGCAAGCCCGUCGGCAGUAUCGGCAAGCCCCUGCCCGAUACGGCCGUGCUCGGGGUCAGGCCCGGCGCAGGCGUCUUUGCGUCCCCAGACAUCAACGUGGUGGUAGCCGGUUUCAAGGAUGGCCUGGCUACGUUCAGAUUCACCGACCGCUUCGCGAUGGACUAG